GUCUGCCUCAGCCUGCUCCCCAUCCUUCCCUCCCGCUCCCUUGUCCCUCAUCUCAGCGAGGCCACCUCCACAGCAUCGGAGCCAAACUGUCCCUGCCCUCCCCUCCUGGCCACCAGCCCUCCCCACAGCCACUCCAGCAAUCCCACAUCCACUUUGGCACAGUGACCCUCCAAUUCGGGGAAGGUCCUGGAUCCUUCUCUGCUCCCCUCCAACCCUUCCUGCCCCACUGCCUCCCCCCUUCCGCUGCCGCAGCCUGGUUCCUGGUCUUGCACACCCCCCCACCCCGCCCAUCAUGGCCCUUAGGGUUCCCUUUGAAUUUCCAUCCCAGCGCAGUAAGAACCCGGGGCCCUGACGUUCUGUUCUCUCCUAAGUGGCAGUUGGACUCUCCCCAUGACCCCGCAAGUGUACGUGCUGACCUGUCUCCACGCACAGGGAGUGUUCCAGACUGUGCUCAUCUGGGUCUCCAUCAGCUCUUCCCCUCUGCAGCCAGGCUCUGAACACCUGGGAGAUCACCUGAGGACUGGGAGGGCACCGUGCCUGUGACUACAUUUGCGGCAGCGUGUGGGACAGCACAGUUACGGAGAGUAGGUGGAGGCCCCAGAGAGUCUGAGCAGGAGGACACGGCAUGACAUAUGCUGGGAAGGGCGCCCUACGUGGCCACGCGGGGAGCUGCAGGGGUGUGCACAGAAGCGGGAGCUCACAGACCUUGUGCAGGAAGGAUUCAAAACAAGGCAUUAAGGCAUGAGAGAACUCCAAGGUGGAAUCGCCCUCAGCAGUUCUGUCCAGGACCAAGUAGCUUUCAGGGCCAGGCUGGCUGUUGGUGCUGUCCAGGGUGCUGAACGCCACCGGGACACCAGGGUGGGGACAGUACCCUCAGCCCACAGGUGGACACGUGUGGGGAUCCAAUAGCAGAACUGACUACUGUUUUAGUGUUUCCUUCAUGCCCUAAAUCCAACCGGUAAGAGCUUGAAAAUACAGGAUGGAGAGAUUUUCUGACUAAAAUGAUGCUUCUGAGCUGAAGCCUGGGGAGAUAGUGCUUUAUGCUGAAUGUCCUCAGAGACAGUGCAGAUUCUGAGACACAGCACAUCACCAGAUUCACUCAGAAGUCUGCAGGCUGAAGAUCCGUGGCGGUGGGAACAAUGCUGAUGUGGUUAUCAACCCGCUCAGCAAACGUUUAUCUACUCCUCCCGAUCAUAACACUGUGCUGGGCGGACAUUCAGGGGCUCGCAAAGAGACGUAAGGUGGGGUCUGAAUCUGGAGGGUUAGAGACAAUCGUGAGUCAACAUUAAGUAUAGAAUACUAAAGAUGAGGUGACACAUAUUACAAUGCUGUCACCAUCUAGCUGGUAAAUUUAGGAAGUAACCGGUUUUGUCAGGAACUGGCGUCCUGGGAGCUCGCUGCGGAGUCUGGGGUUGAGAAGUGUUAACAGGACACCUUCAUGUUACGCCUAGUUUCCUAUCACGAUCCCAUGUCUCCAUGAAGGUUAACCUAAGACUUACUGUUGUUACUGGAGCUUUGGAAGAGGGUCAUCCAUGAGCAGUAUUAGCCUCAAGGAAAGGAGAAAAAUGUGUUAGUACUUAGUCAUAGUGUCAGAUAGCAACCAUGUUUCUCUGCAUGUGUGUGUCUCUCUCUCUCUCUCGGCCACAUGCAUGCAAUCUUCUGCUUCUUUCUAUGUGCAAAUGUCGAUAUUCUGUACCUCACACUGGCUCUCCCCCAUGGACCCCAGGCACUGACUUCUGUAGAGAUUCACACUUCCAACAUAAUGCACGAGCACAUAAUAGGUAAUGUCCUUCCCUCUUGGUUCGAGUCUAGAGUUCUCCAUUUGGUGCAGUGAUGUCAGCAGUCUGGCUCAGGCCAAUUACCACAGUGAGGAGAAGGCUCUGUUGAGAGGGUUGCAAUUACGUGGUUGGGAGACGCCUCUUCCGUGGUGUCUGUUCUGGGGCCACUGGAUGAUAAACAGUGGCUGCACGAGUGAGACAUUACCGAGCACCUGCACGUGCCCCUGACCCAGCGUUUUUACGAGUGAGAUCCCGUUUCGUUCUUAAAACAUCAUUGCGAAGUGCCUCAAUUUUACAAGUGAUUGAUAUUCAGAGAGAAAAAGUUAAUUUUCCAUGCUGAUUCGCCCGCUAGGUGGUGGGACUGAGAUUCUCAUCCAGCUCUUUCUUUUAGUGCCAUCUGCCUCCUAUGCGGCCAGUGACAACAAGCACAGUUAUUAAGCCUCUGCUUUUAAUGGUCUUCCUAAGACACUUGCAAGUUGUUCUUUUCCAUAAUGGCAUUUCCAAAUUGCACUCACAGGUCUCCUUUGUGAUUUUUCAUCUGCUUUCUUGUGUACAUGGAUGGCUUGCUUGAAACCCUUUUACAUAUUUUCAUGGGCUACAGAGGGGUAAACAGUGUCAACCACCUCUAUGAACAGCAUGUUUCUGUCACAAGGCGAGCCAAAGUGUGUGACCCCUGACCUUUGGGAGGAAAGAUGAGCAAACACACACACACACACUCACACACAAACACACAUACAAAUACACAUACAAACACACACCUGUGCACACUCACAUAUACACAUUCAUACACAUAUGCACACACAUACACACAAACACCCAUGCACAGGUACACACACUCACACAAACACACAUGUGCAUGCUCACACAUGUACAAACACACAUGCACACACAGCACAAUACACAUACACCCAUGCACACUCACACAUACACAUUCAUACACAUAUGCACGCACAUACACAAACCACCUGUGCACACACACUCACACAAAUAUACACAUGCACACACACAAACACACAUGCACGCACAAGCGCAUAUACACAUACAAACACAUAUCCCUGGGCACACUCACACACACAUACACAUACAAACACAAAUGCACACAAGAACACAAACACAUCCACUCACAUGUACACUCACGCAAAUGCACAUGCACAUUCACGUAAACACCCAUGCAUGCACACUCACACAUACACAUUCAUACACAUAUGUACAUACACACAAACACCCAUGCACAUGUACACACACAUUCACACAUACACAUACAAACACACACCCCUGGGCACACAUGCACACUCAUGCACACAUACACAUAACUGCACAAAUAUAAGUGCACACAAGCACACUCACACAAAAACAUGCACAUUCAUAAAUACACACCCACACAAACACCCAUGCACACACACACACACACACACUACAUGCACACUCAUGCAAAUACCCAUGCACACACACUCACACACAUCCCCACUCACACAAACACCCAUGCAUGCACACUUACACACAUGCACACUCACACAAGCACACUGUCAACUUCGAGGAGUCACCUCAAUGUCUUUGGUUCCCCUUCCUUUUGAACAUGCGCCUUCCUCUUCCCGUGUCUCAGGCAGCCUGGGCUCGGGCACUGUGUCACGUUUUUCCUGGAGGAAAGGAGCCAACACGCUCCUGCACCCUGAGCUGGGCGUGGCUGCAUGGUUUAUCAUAAAACCCAAACAAGUCAAUGCUUAGCUCAUAAGAAUGUCUCUCUAAGGGCUGAAGGCUACUAGAUAGAGGAAAACAAGACACUACUGGUCAGGAGCUGGGUCUUCUUCUGCCCAGCACCACCCAAACUGGCGAUAACUAUGUGCCCUGUCCAGGGCUGGUCCUGCGUACCUGAUGACACCUUAAAAGCAGCAUGGCAUCCAUGUACAUAAUAUGAGUGGAGGAAGUUCCAAGUUCUGUCAGGGCCCAGAUUUUCAGGACCAGGGGGUGGCCACUGCUGAGUUAGUGCUAUGGCACCGUCACACCAUCACACCAUCACACCAUCCAUCCAUCCACCCAUCCAUCCAUCCAUCCAUCCAUCUUAAUCAAGCUCCCACUGUGUGCAAGGAAAUGCUCCGUCCUGCUGUGCAAACAAGAGGAAAAGAACUAAAGCUGUGAUGGUCAGAAGAGGCCAGAUGGCUACAGGAACGACAGGUCUGUGGCUUAUUCAUCGCUCGUGAGACGUGCCAUCAGGGUCACGUGCAGGGAGCAGCGCCAUGUUGAAUGCUGCCAGCUGCUGCGCCAGCAGGAAAGACAGUCCUUGGGGGGGUCUCUUGGGGGGGUCUUGCAUCGGCAAUUAAAUGCUCUGAUUAGACAUGGCACGUGUCAUUUCCACUCGCAACUCCUCGACCAGAACCGGUCACUGUCCCCGCCCAACCAAGGGACCUGGAGCGCAGUCCUUCCAUGCAGAAGGUGAGAACCAGGCACACCUGGCCGACGUCACCACGACGCCCCCUGGGGGAAGUGGGCUCUUCCAUCACGGCUUCUCCCCUGUGCUUUCCAAGGCUUGCACCUCACUCAGACCCGGAGUCUGGGGGCUGGGGCACCUUUUUCUGCCAAUAGUUUGGUCCUGGGAGCCCUCUCUGUGGAGGAUGGGGCCUGACAUUGGUCCUUCUCUGUAUCCACACUCCUGUAAGGACCAGACAUGAGUCCAUACGGGGCGCUCACUGCGACAAAGGCUUUGGCAACUCCCCACCCGCAGUCCUGUGCUGUACAAACCCCCGAGCUGCCCAUGAGCGACUCUCUUCCUGGGGCACACGAGUGGUGUCAGGCGACUACGGUGGACGUAUGGGAACAUCUUGCAGGGACCCUGGAUUCUCCUGAGGCAGGCAGCCCAUCUGCAGUGAGGCUUACACGUGUAAGCCUGAAGACUCUGCAGGCUUCACCUUUAAUCCGCGUCCUAACACUUGGUGUCAUGUUUCUCUGGAAUGCUAGAUUGAAAUGUGUCACUCACUCUUUCACCAAAGAGGAGGCCGGCUUGUGAUUGAAUAUCAUGGGACCACCUUUCUGUCCUAAUUCUCUCCAAUAUUUUGGUGGAGGUUCAGUGUGGGGUCUCCUCCUGGGGAUGGGGGGUGGUGGCAAAGGAGCUGCUAAGCCCAUUACCUCUAGAAGAUGUAUGUUUUCUCUCGGCUGCACAGUGCCCUUGGCCGAUCUUGUACAGGAUUAGGUAUGCGAAAAGCGCCAGCCACCUAAGAGAACUCUGUUUAGGGCUAAUUAUUUUAUUUUAUUCACAACACCCAUUUAUUUUCCACGAGUGCCGUCAGUAACUCACACUAUUCACUUCCUCGUACACUGUGUGUGGGGGAGGGGGGGUGUAGAACCGUGGCCCGGAUGGCCGACACCCCAUCUCACUCGCCUCGAGCCUUGGCCAAAUGUCUCACACCUCUUGAGACUCAGGGACCUCCUCUGCUCAGUGACCUCAAAACACAUGGCUCUCGGGGCUGCGAUGAGGGUUAGAGACGGUGUGAGCUGAUCCAUGUUGGGUAGAUUUCCAUCUGUCUUCCCCGUGGCUCUGGCCAGAGAGUUAUGGUGGCUGGGGCAGCUCACGGGUAAUCCAGGACAUCUCUUCAGUUAACUUUCCCAAGAGAUAAGGUCUUCUUCACCUUCUUUACGUGACCAGAGUUAUGAACAUAGGGAGGAUGCUUGGGCAACAGCUCUGGUUGACUUCAUCCCAAUGUCCAUGUAAUCUGUUCAGGAAUUGGAUAUAUCAUUUUCAAAACCUUUCAAGGCACUGACCAGGAACACUAACCAGGGUCUUAUAAGCUUGCAACAUUCAGACAACUUGUAGAAACUCAUUUUCUGUCAUAUUCAUGAGAAGGAUCGGAAGCUGUCCCACUGAAGUCAAGAACCUAGUGAAGACGGCUGAUGUCACUGGCAUGAACGAUAUUGCAUGGAGAUUCUGGAUAACACAAGGACAAGAAAAAAUGUGUAAAUAUUGAGAAAAGAGAGACAUGAUUAUCCCUAUUGACAGAGUGUACGAUUGUCUACAUAGGAAACACAAUUAGUCAAUACCACAAAUCUUUACGACUUAAAGGAAAAUUCAAAAUACAAAAAUGAAAGCUGUCUUCAUGAUCAGCCAUAACCCAUGAGAAGAUCCUACAGAAAAAGUAAGUUUCCCUUUCUACUAGCAGCGAGACCUUUAAGGUAUGUGAGUCAGCCUGGUGAACAGGUGAGGGUUUACAACGGUGCCUGUAAAAUAUCCCUGACAAAAGGAAGCGGACAUUUGCUGUUUCGAAGCGGAGAGCCUCAAAAUUAUAUCGUUCAACGUCAACACCGUUUCAUGGACAUGACAGAUGGAUUCCAAGUUCAUAUUGAAGAGAAAAUCCGAGAACAGUAAAGACAAGAAAGGAAGAAGAGAAAA